GUGCCGCGGUGUCUGCUGAUCUGGUGCACGCAGUGUGCUUUGUUUCGCAUUUUCAGGGCUACUUUGAAGUUUCUGUACCUUUUCUCUCGUUGCUCAUCGUUCUUGUCGCCGUACAGUUAUCUUUACACAAUGUCGCAUAGAAAAUUUGAGGCUCCCCGCCAUGGCUCACUGGGCUUCUUGCCACGCAAGCGAGCGAGCCGCCAUCGUGGAAAAGUUAAGAGCUUUCCUCGUGAUGAUGCCGCUCAACCUUGCCAUCUUACAGCUUUCGCUGGUUACAAGGCUGGCAUGACUCACAUCGUUCGGGAGGUGGAGAAGCCUGGUUCCAGGAAUCACAAGAAGGAAGUUGUAGAGGCAGUCACCAUCAUUGAAGCCCCACCUAUGGUUGCUGUCGGAUGUGUUGGGUACAUUGAGACGCCACGCGGCUUGCGGACAUUCAAGACUGUGUGGGCAGAGCACCUGAGCGAAGAAUGCCGCCGUCGCUUCUACAAAAACUGGUGUAAGUCCAAACAAAAGGCCUUCUGUAAAGCAAGCCAGCGCUGGACAUCCGACGAAGGAAAGGCCAGUAUUGAGCAAGACUUCAACAAGAUGAAGAAAUACUGCAAAGUUAUUCGUCUUAUUGCUCACACACAGAUCAAACUUGUUCCGAUCUCCCAGAAGAAGGCACACUUGAUGGAAAUCCAAAUCAAUGGUGGCUCCAUUGCAGACAAGGUUGACUUUGCCCGAGAGAGGCUUGAGAAACAACUGCCGGUAAACAAGGUGUUUGGCCAAGAUGAGAUGGUUGAUGUGAUAGGAGUCACCCGUGGUAAAGGAUUCAAGGGUGUCACUUCACGUUGGCACUGCAAGAAGCUUCCUCGCAAGACGCACAAGGGUCUGCGCAAAGUUGCCUGUAUUGGUGCAUGGCAUCCUAGCCGAGUGCAGUUCUCCGUGGCUAGAGCAGGUCAAAAGGGAUACCAUCACCGCACAGAAGUCAACAAGAAGGUCUAUCGUGUUGGCCAGGGUUAUCACCAAGAUGGCAACAAGAUUAUCAAGAACAAUGCUGCUACAACUUUUGAUUUAACAGACAAGAGCAUCACACCAAUGGGUGGAUUCCCUCACUAUGGAGAGGUGAAACAAGACUUCAUCAUGCUCAAAGGCUGCAUUAUGGGUCCAAAGAAGCGUGUUGUAACCCUCCGCAAGACACUCCUUGCUCAGACCAGCCGGGUGUCACGCGAGAAGAUCAACCUCAAAUUCAUAGAUACAUCCUCCAAGUUUGGCCAUGGCCGCUUCCAAGUGGCUGCUGAGAAGCGUGCAUUCAUGGGCCUGCUCAAGAAAGAUCAUCUCAAGGAGGCGGCAGCAUAGAGAUCAUUUUCUGACUUGGUUUCUGUUGCCGAUUUCAUCAGCUGAACGAACACGAAUGUGAAGAGCAGAGUGAGCUUUAGGAUCAUGUGAAAUACAGACUUUACAGUAACUCCAUCCGUACGUUUUCUGAUGUCUGCCCGACACAACUUCAUAAGAAGUGUGUCAUCUGGUGACGUAAUGUACCAGCUUGAAUGGAGACCGUUUGUAGACCCUCUGCACAUUGUUCAGAUGAGUGAGCCGUAACGUACAGGAAUAUGAUACGGGCAACUGUAAUGCUAAGCACUGUGGGUUCGCUCUAGGGCGCACCUGUGUCAGUCACUUUUUUAGGCAGUGCCGAUUUAUGUAUGCAUUAUUGCUUGCGUAAUAAUUAUCAUUAGCCCUCUUGUGGCAUUUCUGA